CAAACACCCAUGGUCGCCAGACAGUCACCAUGGUCACCUGGACAGGCCCUUUGCAGAAGCAGAGUGAAAAUCAUGGAAAACAUCCACCCAAAGAUGGUGGUUCCUGCUGGAUGUGACAUCCAGCAGGUUUCCUUGUUUGACCUGAAGUGAUCCCCCACCAAGGUGACCCUCCCGUCUCCGCAGCUUGCGUGAACCCAAAACGGUGGUCGGAUGUGGCACUGGAGGGACUGUUUUGGAGGUGCUCGGUGGUUGAAGAAUCUUUACCUAGGGGGCCAUGUGCUGCAAAAAGGAAGCCGGGCUGCGUCAGCCGUGCAUCUCGGCGCAGCCUUCGGCCCAGUCUCGCCAUGGGCCUUGCCUUCAGAGACGAAUCCUCAUGAUGGGUGUCCUGGUGACCUGUUGGUCGGUGGAACCGGGUGGAUUGAACGGAGGGUCCCGGGUGGAAACGGGGCCACUCCCCAGGAACCCGGUGAAGAAAGAGACACCCCGAUAAACAUGCUCCGGGCGGGCGACGUUCAUAGACACCCCCCUAUGGCCCUGGAGGACUCCCCUUUCGCUGGGGAGAGGAAGUGGUUUAUCCCCUUGGGUUUUUUUGGGAGCCCAUCCCCAGGUUUGGAGGGCGCAGGGAAGACGUCACUCCUCUAUCAGCUGAAGCUCGAUGAGAACGUGAGAGCGAUCCCAGUUUUGGGCUUUAACGUGGAGGCGGUGGAGUAUAAGAACCUGAGCCUCAGCGUGAUUGACUUGGAACACCACCAGUUCAAAGAUGAAAUGCAAGAUGUCCCCCUGCUGGUCUACGACUUGCCUGGAGCAAUGAGGGCGCCAGAGGUGACUGACAAACUAGGACUUCUCAGCUUGCGUCGUCGCCAGUGGUUCAUUACAGCUACUGCCACCAAUACAGAGGGCGGCCUGUAUGAAGGCUUGGAUUGACUCUCCUGCAUGAUGUCCUCCAAGCCCUGAGCUGGUGACUUCGUUGCACCCGGGCCUAUCCUUAUGUAGUGGAUGCAUUCUGGAAGGAAUUCAGUUCCUUGACUACGCGCUGGAUCUGUUGGGAAAAUACCGGCGAGCAUCCUUGUGCAACGGAGGUGAUUGACAUGGAACACCACCAGUUCCGCACUUUCUGCUACAACGACUCUCAAAGCAUCUAUGAUCUCAUCUACGCCAUGGACAGCCACUACCGUGAUCGCAUUAGAGGAUGCUCGUGAAGAGUUGAUUGAAAACCUUCGCCAAAGAUGGUCUCUGCGAACAAGCAGGAUUGAGAGUCCAAGUCAUGCUAAGCUGGAAAAGACCAGCGCUGUGACUCCCACCGGGCAGCGCC